AUGUUAACGUGUACCUGGGUAGGUGGAUAUUUUUGUUUGUUCAUUUCACGCUUGGCUCCGCACACAAAUCGAUGUACGCACAAUGACCACGCAAACAGGGGAACCACGUCACGCCGCCGCUUGUCUGGGAGUCGGCGCAAGCCGCUGUCGAUUUUAUUAAUGGAAUUGAACUUCAACUUCGAGCGAGUCCACCCAGCAACCGACAGUAGGCAUGUGAGCCCGCCUGUCGAAUACGUAACGAGUGGUGGAAAGUCGCGCGAUUGUUACGAGAGCUCGCUUACUAUGCGUCGCCGCACCCGCCGCCACAUGUCCCGACGCCUCCCGCCAUUACUGAGCGUACAUUGUAUGCUACCGUGA